AAUUUAAUUAAUGGACGAACGAGGAUCAUCUAGGAGGUAAAUAGAUUGGAAUAUAAUAAAAUAGUGUUUCUUCUGCAUCAUCAUCUGUUUCAAAUUUAAGUAAGGACAGAAGUAGAAGUAAUUCAAAAAAAAGAAAUUUUAAAAACAAGAAGAAGUAGAUAAAGAGAGUAAAACAUACUGUAGAGUUUCCAUCACUUGAUUAGUAGUUGUUAAACUUUGAAUAAUUUUAAGAAUUAUAUGUAUGAAAUUGAUAUGAGAUAAUAGGUAAACAAUGAUAUUCCGACUGAGAAAUUGCGACUUCUUUAUUAGACAUAUGAAAGGAAAUGGGAAAAUAAAUAGAAGGAGUUAUUCUUUGAUUAACAUAAAGAUGAACCUUGGAUUUAAGAUAAAUACAAUCCAGUAAAUAGAAGAGAGUUUUAGGAAGAACGUAAUUAAUUAGCAUAGAAUCGGUUCAAUGAAUUUUUAAAGUAAUAUAAUAUGGGAGGUUUCAAUAACAUAAAUUUAACAUUGACAGAAAUGUAAUUAAUGGAAUUCUUUGAAUUGAAUGAUCAUUUCUAUAAUGAUGAUCCAGAUGUACCUUUUUGGGAAUUUUAACUUAAAGGUGAGUGAAAUAUGUAAAUAAAUUUAGAAUCGAUUGAUAUAAGUAAAGCACCAUUUUUUGGUUCUGAUCCAAAUUAGAAUAGUGUGUUUAUAAAGAAUGUGCCUUUACCUUUAUCUAGAGUAGAAGUAGUUAAAGCACUAUCAUAAAUGAGUGGUUAUGUAAGUCUAACAUUGUCAGAACCAAAUAAAUCAUAGAAUUAUACACGUAUAGGUUGGGUUAGUUUUGAUGGAGAAGAAUAUUGUAAUAAUUGUGUAAAUGAUGAGAGUAUUACAAUCAAAGGACAUGUAUUGUAAUUUUAAAAAUAAUAAGAAAAGAGGUAAUAUUUAAUAAUAUUCAUGGUUAGAAAAUUUGUUCGAGUCUUCAAAUCAGUUGAAUAUAAUAAAUUAUUGAAGGAUUUAUAACAUUAAAGAGAACUCAUUAAAGUAUUAGAUAAAGAGAAAGGAAUUACUGGUAAUCCAUUACUUGAAGGACCACUUAAAGAUAGAGAUGAUCCAACAUUUAAUAGAUAAUUAGAUAUACAAACUUUAUAUUUAAGAAGAAUUCAUAAUUAUUGUUAUUGGAGUGGUGCUGAAUUCUCUGAUUAUAGAUUACUUGUUUCUAAAGUUGGCUAUGUAUAUUCUAAUCUAUUAAUAUAUUUUGUAGCAUUUCUUUAGAUUAGAUACAAAAAAGAAAUGCAAUCUAGAAUGGCAAGAUAUCAUUUAAGCAUUAUGCAAUCGUAGAAGAGAAGAAACUAGUGAUGAAUUACCAAUAAAUGAAUUAAUUGAUAAUGAAAUCAUACUCAUGGGAUUAAAAUAAGCUAAAACUAGAUCAAAAGAUGCUUUCCCUUGUAUCUUUUGUGAAAAACAAUUCCAAGGAGGAUCCUAUCUAAUUAAACAUAUCUCUCUUAAACAUGAAAGAUAAUAUUGGGAACAUCAAUAAUCCCUACGUUAAUAAGUCAUCGAUUAAUAAAUGGCUACCAAUCAUAAAAUUGAACGAAUAAGUAAAGCUACUAUCCAAAGACAAAUUUUUGUCAAAGGAGCUAUCGAUGAACUUUAAUUCUAAGAAAAUAAGUAUAUAUUCAUAUUUCAAUCUAGAAUAUAAUUACCUAUCAACUUUGCUCCCAGAGUUUAAUAAAGAUAAUAUAAAGAUCUUGAUUCUAUUGCUUAAGAGAAAACAUAACCAGCUAUCAUGUUUUAAAUACGUGAAACCAAAGUCAAUUAUAAUGAUAUAUGAUCUAAACAAAUUAAUUUACAAGCUAUUCAAAUU